AUGUGGGGAACACAGGAGAAGACUCAAUACACUAACGGACACCCCUACACCUGCCUUCGCUCGAAAUGUCACGUUGUUGGUCAACCGGAAAAAUCGUCUCCUAACACUUCGGGGUUCGACGCGGCGACGUACAAUUUGAGGACUGCUGAGGGCUGGGGCAGCGACAUGCCUAUGGCGAGGAAACACGUGAUGUAUAUCACUGAGAGCCCCGAUAAUACACCUGAAGCCAUGCGUAGAACGGCAGCUAAUGUGAAGUUCGAUUACACUAUGACAUACAGGUGGGACUCGGACAUUCCCGUCCAGGCAGCUCAUGUUGUUCAUAAAGCCACGCCGAACAUGGAAGCUCUCACGCACGACUGGUCUCAGGGGAGGUUAUUAGUCGCAUAUUGGUUUGUGUCGAACUGUCAAACUAGUAGUGGUAGGGAGACCAUCGCGAAGGAGAUUGACGGCUUGGAUAUGUUUGGGGCGUGUUCGGGACGUAAGGGUUGUAGUUAUGUUCAGAAAAAGAAAAAACCGGAGAAAUAUGCGCAGUGUAUGCGCGAUAUAGCGGCGAAGUAUCGUUUUUAUCUCUCCUUUGAGAAUUCCCGCUGUGAUAAGUACAUCACGGAGAAGUUCUGGCGACCCUUGUGGAAGGGGAACGUCCCGGUGGUUCUCGGUGGCCUCAAACGAGCUGAUUACGAGGAGAUCGCUCCGCCGGGCAGCUUUAUUCAUGUCGACGAUUUCAAGACUACUAAGCAUCUCUCUGAGUAUCUGCAGUAUUUGACAACCAACGAUACUGCGUAUAAUGAAUACCAUCAUAGUACCUUUUUGACUCUUGUUGUUUUUACCAUGGCUCUAGGUCCGUUCGCAAGGAUACUGGCCCAAGUUGCCCUGGUAGCAGGAAGCGCGAUAGGACGGGCUUUCGUACAGGCCUUUCAGGAGGCUGCUCAGAAGGGAGCUACUCAAGCAGCGACAAGGACACUUCGGCGGCAGAUGCCACUGGAAGAGGCCUAUAAGAUACUGGGAUUUGACGCAACUGCACAGAAUGCGGUGACUAGACAGGAAAUUGCAGAGCAUUAUAAAAAGUUGUAUGACAUGAAUGGCCCGACGGGAGCAGCCGCUGGCAGCCCUUAUCUACAGCAGAGAAUCGAAAACGCGCAGAAAGUGAUAAUACAGCACAUAGAGUCACAGAAGGGCAGCAAGAGUUGA